AUGGCAUAUUCUUCUCCUUACAUGCUUGUGUUCAUCUUCUUAGCUUGCUUCGUGUUCGCAUUCUCAGACAACCUCGUGGCGCCAGGAGAUUCCGAAAAAGUGAAGCUCAAUCUGUACUACGAAUCACUUUGUCCCUAUUGUCAGAAAUUCAUAACAGAAGAUCUAGUGAAAGUCAUUGACUCCGAUCUCCUCACAAUCACCGAUCUCAAGCUUGUUCCAUUCGGUAAUGCCGAAGUCUUGGAUAAUAAUACUAUAACAUGCCAGCAUGGUGAAGAGAAGUGCAAACUAAACGCCGUUCAAGCUUGCGCCAUAAGUACUUGGCCUGAUACGCUGUUGCACUUGUCGUUCAUAACGUGUGUUGAAGAGACCACGAAAGACUGGAAAUCAUGUGUUCCGGACCCUACAAGUUUGAAAGCCAUCAAUGAUUGUUACUCCGGUGAUCUCUCUAAAAAGCUCAUACUUGAGUAUGCAAAUCAGACCUUGAGUUUGGAGCCAAAACAUGAAUACGUACCAUGGGUGACACUCAACGGCGAACCACUCUAUGAGAACUACGGAGAUUUUGUUCCCCUAGUCUGCAAAGCGUAUAAAGGAAAGGAAGCUCUCCCAGAAAUCUGCGAUUCCUCUUCCUUGUCGAGGAAAAAGUCGAAACUUCAAGUCUCCUUUGUCGAAGACUCUAAAAAUUAUUAA